AUAGGUUCAGAAUCCCUUAUCGCCUGCGUCACUAAUGAGAUGCAGAGGCUUUGGGUUAUGCCCUUAUCUCAGAUGCCCGUAUGAUGCGGACAAACAUUAUCUUGUACGAUCAUAACAAUGGCGAGUACUAGUAAGUUUCAGGCAAUCAAAUUAACAGAAGAUGAUGUUCCUGGUGCAAAAUUAAUUUAUCCAGAGGUUGAAAAUCAUUCUGUUGUACAAUUAAGAAGAUGGCUACUUUGCAGAGGAGUUAAAACAUCUGGAAAUAAGUGUGAUCUAGUGCAGAGAGUAAAAGACUGCAUUUCAUCUGGAAACACAGACAUAAGUGUAAGUGUUGAUGCUGGGAAAUGGAUGGAUUUGAAGGCAUCAGAUCUUAAAGCAUCAACUUCAGAUGAUGCAUCAAGCAACCCAAAAAUUCCCCCUGUUGUUGGUUGGAAAGUUUUCCCAUCUACAAACUUGCCACAAUAUUUCAAUGAAGGUCAUAUUCAUCAUUAUAUAAUUGAAAGUGUGCAGUUAGUAGACAAGCCUGGAAAUGAUUCGGGAGAAGAGGAUAUUGAUGACCUACACACAUCAAAACCAUUAAAAAAAGGGAAACAAUAUUUCAAGAGUGGGCAUGUUUGCAACUUAAAGGACUUUAAGUCAGGAAAUAUUUAUUUUUUGAAGGCCUCUGUAAUGGCAUCCUACAGAAUCAACACAUCGUACAAUGUCACCGUAACCAUGUCUACAGAAACUGGUUUUGUGCAGGAUGCUUCAUGCACUUGCAUUGCUUCAUCCAUGGGAAGAUGUAGCCAUGUUGCAGCUGUGCUAUUUGCCCUUCUGGACUAUUGUCAACAAUAUGGCCAUGAACCAGCUGCUUGUACUUCAAAAAAGUGCGAGUGGAAUAUUGGAAGGAAGAAAAGAAAGAAUCCACAAAAAAUUACAGAAUCUAAGUAUUCCGGAAUCAAACAGAAGAAGAUUGACGAACUGAUCUCAUAUGACCCCCGUCCACCAACAUAUCAGACUGAUGACAAUCCUGAUAUUGAAGAAAAUACAUUCUGGCAGGAACUACAGUAUAAAAACUGUUCCAGUAGUAUGUGGGCUACACUUCUGAAAUAUAAUUAUGCAGAUUAUGACAUAGAUGACCUGCAUGCAGAAGAGCUGAAGAUUAAACGUACAGUAUUUUUGGAAAACCUUUCGCUGUCCUUAAACACAGAUCCUACUGAAAUUACAUCUUCCCAGCGGUGUGAUGAGUGGAAUUGUCACCGACGUGUACGAAUAACAGCUUCAAAAGCAAAGACAGUGGCUACACUUAAAUCCAACUCAGCCAUCAGAAACACUUUGUCAAACAUUAUGUAUCCAUCUACAUCAUAUCAAACAAGAGCAAUGCUUUACGGGAUUGAAAAAGAAUCACUUGCUUUUUCACAUUAUACUAGUUCAAAGAAAGAUGCUUGUCCUUCAUUUGAAGCUUGUACGACGGGAUUCUGGGUAUCUCCAAAGAAUCCAGAGCUAGGAUGUAGUCCAGAUGGAUUGGUAACCGAUCCUAGUGAGCAGAAUGGAGACAUACACGGUCUACUGGAAAUGAAAUGUCCAUAUGUGCUUAAAGAUGCAGACAUUGUAAAUUUUGAUUCAGUUUUGUCAGGUUCACAGAAAUCAAAUUUUUUUCUCGUGAAAAAGAAAAGUGGAACCAUUGCUCUAAAGCGAAACCAUGAGUAUUAUUUUCAAGUUCAAAUGCAGUUAGGAGUAAUGGGUCGUAAUUGGUGUGAUUUUUAUGUUUGGUCUUCGAAAAGCUCUUUCUGUGAAAGAAUCACAUUUGACAAAACAUUUUGGGAAAGUUUAUCUCAAAAACUUGUUAAAUUUCAUCACACUAGACUCUGUCCUGAGUAUUUUGAGGUAAGAAUUCCAAGGAGACUAGAACCAGUUGAUUUGUCAGAGUAAAAUGAUAUAAUUGUGA